AUGUCCGGCACCUACGGCCCGCUCAUGCUGCUCCGCUUCGGCUCCGUGCCCACGCUGGUGGCCUCCUCCUCCGAGGCCGCCAGGGACGUGAUGCGGACCCACAAGCUGGCCUUCUGCAGCCGGUACCUGAGCGCCACCCUGGACAUCAUCAGCUGCGGCGGCAGGGACAUCCUCUUCUCCCCCUACAACGACCGCUGGCGCGACCUCCGCAAGGUGUGCAUGCUGGAGCUCUUCAACCCGCGCCGCGUGCUCUCGUUCCGGACCGUCCGGGAGGAGGAGGUGGCGCGCCUCCUCCGCUCCAUCUCAGACCAGUGUGGUGGCCAUCAUGCCGGCGUCGUCGUCAUCAACCUCAGCGACGGCAUCUGCCGCAUGGUGAACGACGUCGUCGUGCGGACCGCCAUCGGCGACCGGUGCAAGCACCGCGACGAGUUCCUGCACGAGCUCGACGAGGCGGUGCGGCUCACCGGCGGGUUCAGCCUGGCUGACCUGUACCCGUCGUCGCGGCUCGUGCGCCGGUUCAGCGUCGCCGCCAGAGACAUGGGAAGGUGCCAGAAGAACGUGUACCGCAUCAUCGAGAGCAUCAUCCAUGAGCGCAAGGUGGCCGCCACGCGUGUGCCGGCGGACCGAGACGACGACGACGACCUCCUCGGCGUCCUCCUCAGGCUGCAGAGUGCUAGUGUGGGCCAUGUCAGAGCUUGUAAAGAACCCACGGGUGCUGCACAAGGCGCAAUCAGAGGUUUUGGGGUGACGGCGAGAUGUUUAGGCCAGAAAGAUUUGAAAGUAGCAGUGUUGAUUUCAGGGGCAUUCGGGGCCGGCAGGAGGAUCUGCCCUGGCAUCACGCACGGGCUGGCCAACAUGGAGCUCGUGCUCGCUAGCCUCCUCUAUCACUUCGACUGGGAGCAGCCCGGUGGCGCCGGCUCUGGAGACCUUGACAUGACAGAGGCCUUUGGUAUAACGCUGAAAAGGAAGUCCAAGCUCAUGCUCAAGGCCAUACCUCGUGUUAAUUAG